AUGAUGAUAAGCCUCUGCAUGGGUUGUAUUGUCACCUACUGCCGUUUCAUGCUGCGUGUUGCUUGUACGAAUCAUGAAUUACUGUUCAGUAGUGAUACAUGUAUACGCAGGAAAGCUAAACAAAUUGCGUAUGCCAUGCCAAUAUAUGGGUCUCCUGGGAGUCGUCGCCUCGGCAUGUUCGCCAGCACCAACAUCGAUGAUGCCCUUGUCCUCGUCGAGUACUUCGCCAACGCUGCGGAGGGCAAAGACGGUCUCCAACCGCGGCACGUCUGGAUCGAACAGUUUCUCGGGUUCUCCAUCAUCAUGGUCCUCAGCUUCGUCGGGACGUUCGUCGGGUCUUUUCUACCUCCUCACUACUCUGGACUCCUGGGUUUCGUGCCGCUGCUGAUGGGCCUGUGGCGGAUGAAAGACUGGUGCAAGAAGGACAAAGAAAGCAGUGGAGACCACAAUUCUAUUGAUCCUCGUUGCAAUUCGACGGAGAGCAGUGUCCGAGAAGAAAGAACCAGCGGGCAAGCUCUAAUGAAGAUCAACAUCGCCUCCAUCAAUGAGCCCAUUGGUAAUUAUCAGCUACACGAAGUGACCCCAAAAGCCCAAGAGAGCUCAUCAUCCAGAGAGCGAAAUGUGGAGACGCUGAAGUGCUGUCAAGACCAUCCUGAUUGCGACAACGUUGCCGUUUAUAUUCCGGGUCUCGUGACGUAUGAUGCUGGCGAGAUCGUGCUGACAGUCGCGAUUUUCUACGUGCUGCUGGCUCUGUGGUUGUAUGCAGCCGCGGCGUUCGUACCCUUCCGCUUCGUGGCCGAGUUUAUUGAGAAGUAUGGCGAUUACCUCAUUCCUGUCGCCCUUGUGUUUCUCGGUAUCUACAUUUUGUGGUCUGCCGAUGUACUAAGCUUAGUACCGACUUCCGAGAUAUUAUUAGUCCGCUGUCGCAGUUCACAUUCACAACCGCUACACGUACAAGAAGAUGGGGGCCUGGGGCGUGAUCUCGUCGGCGGUUAUGAUGUUUGUAGAGGCGGACUCCGGGCUCAAGACGUUUGGUUCGGGCAGCUUCUAGGGUUCUCCAUUAUCAUGGCGGUGAGUCUCUUUGGAGUUAUCGGGUCACAGCUGCAGCCUCGCUACUCAGGGCUCUUGGGCGUUGUGCCUCUAUGGAUGGGGCUGAAGCGAAUGCGGGAGUGGUGGAAGACGGUUAAUGACACUCUUAAAGAAGGCGAAAGCAGCCACCACCAACAAAAUUCAGUGCCACCUUUGACUGUGAGAAAUGCGAAUUUGCAGCCACAGGGGAAAGGAGAUCACGAUAGUGGAGUAGAUUGCGCGAUAGAGUCACGGAGUGACCAAUUGCAGACUUUCUUCGCGACUACGAAGGCUACACCAGGCUCUAAAGGAGGAGAUCAAGCAAUGACUUCCACGUCUAACGUGAUUGAUAUUGAAGAAGAGCUAUCUUGGACGAGGAUUGUGCUUCGAGUGUUGGGAUCCGAUAGGGGGGCGUGCUCAUUUCUUACGGCUGAAUCGUUGAUGAUAGCAGCUGUGGCACUCGGUAACGGAGGGGACAACGUGGCGGUGUACGUUCCUGGCUUAGUGGCCUACGGUGUCGGCGAUAUAGCUCUGACUGUGGGUGUUUUCUACGCACUUGUGGUCGCAUGGAUUUACGCUGCGGGGAGUUUCGUCUCGUUCCGCAUCGUGGUGCAGUUUAUUGAAAAACACGGCGAUUACAUCGUUCCGAUCGCACUCGUUUUGCUUGGCAUUUACAUUCUGUCCUCUGCAGACGCAAUUACGUUGGUGGGCUAA